AGAUCACCCAUUGCUUACCGCAGGCCCUCGUGUGCCAGAGUUUAUUGUUUAGACCCUCCUGCUGGAUUAUGUUUUAAAACCGUCAUUGGCAUAAUCCUAGGGCAACCUUUUAAAGCCAUUAAGUCCACUGGUUUGGUCAAUCGUAGGCACUCUCAGAAGAAUCAAAGAUACGCAAGCAAGAUGAGAAUCCUUGAAACUGGACCCGACCCUUCAGACAUAUAUCGCCUGGAGCAGCAAAUUCCUGGCGAUGCAGAGAAGAAAAGUGGUUUCAGGAAUUUUGAGAGUGGGGAUCUCAUUGAACGAGUGUACAACACUUACAAACUGAUGCACACCAAUCAGACUCUGGAGUUUGUGAAACAACAGCAUGCAGAGUGGUCAAACUGCAGCCAUGCCCACAUGACAGUAAUGGAAAGCCUGGACUGUCUUGAUCAGCUGGUGGAUCACUCAGACCCUGACGUGGAUUUUCCAAACUCUUUCCAUGCUUACCAAACAGCAGAGGGGAUCCGCAAAGCACACCCAGACAAAGGCUGGUUCCAGCUAGUUGGUCUCAUUCAUGAUAUUGGGAAGAUUAUGGCUCUCUGGGGGCAGCCACAGUGGUCAGUGGUUGGUGAUACUUACCCUGUUGGCUGCAAGUUCCAGAACUCCAUUGUCUUCAGAGACACAAGCUUCAAUGACAAUACAGAUGACAAAGACCCAUGUUAUAAUACUCAGAAUGGUGUAUACAAACCAAACUGUGGCCUGGACAAUGUACUGAUGUCCUGGGGACACGAUGAAUACAUGUACAGAGUGAUGACAUUUAACAAAUGUCCCAUCCCUGAAGAGGGCUUGUAUAUGAUCAGAUACCAUUCCUUCUAUCCUUGGCACACUCACAAAGAGUACAUGCACCUGUGCAAUGAAAAGGACCUGAAGAUGCUACCAUGGGUGCAAGAAUUCAACCAAUUCGAUCUUUAUACCAAAAGUACGGACCUACCCGAUGUGGAGAAGAUCAAGCCAUACUAUCAGUCUCUCAUUGCCAAGUACUGCCCAGGGAAAUUAUACUGGUGAGAAGAUGCCUGGAUCCAAAGCAAGCUGAUGAAGACACUAGAGUGGGCAAGACAUGGAUUCAAGACAUGGAUUUUUAAAAAUGAAUCAUUGAGAAAUAAUCCAUGAUAUAAUUAUUACUGAUGCACUUGUAAUAAUUACAGGAAAGUUUAUUCUGCAACGUUACUCGAUUGUGAAUACGUCAGAAUGCUAAGAAAGGGAUGCCUUGCACUCCACCUUUAAUGUCCUGUUUAGAUAUUUGGAAAUCUUGUCACUUUAAAUUUAAAGACAAACCCGCCCCCCCAAAAAAAAAAAAAAAAAAAAAAAAAAAAACAGCAACCAAUAGACAGGUGCAGAUUUUUUAUUUAUUUUUUUACUUUAUCGAUGUGAAGAUUAAAAGAUAGAAAUCAAGGUAGAGUUGAAUAGCGAGGUUGGAUGGCCAGUACAUGCUUUUGGGAACUUACCUAGUUUGUGAAAUUCAAAAUCCAAGUUUGUUCAAUUAUAGCAACCUUUCACUGGGGAUCUGAGCAAAUAUUUAAACUUCCAGUUUUAGGAACAAUCUAUUUCCAAUAACCAGCCAAAGUUUAGUGUCUCACAUUCCACAGUUGAUUUUAAUGAAGAAAUAACUUGGCACCGACAGUUGGCUUCAGUUCAUGUAUUUGAUUUGUACAUAAGCAAAGCUGAAAUGCUUAAAUAGUUAUUUUGGAAUAUUACACAAAUGAGAAAUCCUGCUUGCAACCAGCUUAUCAGACAGCGUUUGCAAACUGUUGUGAUUAAACAAUAUAUGCAUUGCUGAUUUGGAA